CGCGCGGCGGCCCCUCCUGCCCACAGAUUUAGAGGUGCGCGGUGCGUGCGUCGUCGAAUUGGAAAAGAGACAAACAGCGUGCCCCACGUUUGCCGGGCACUGCUUGCUGCCGAAGUGAUGUCAGGUCGAGUGUGGCGCAGGAGGUACCGACGACACCUUACGACAUGACGCUCGCAGAUGGUACCACUGCCAAACCGAGUAAAAUCGUUGCACCGCAAUGGCAGGACGACGCGAAACAAUUGACAGCCGUAGGACGCCCAGGAUCAGAUUUGACAGUGGAAGUAAUAUUGGACCAGACAGAGAAUUACGGAAAACUCAGCUUUGAACUAUUACGGGAUCAGCUUCCAGUCGCGAGAGAACGGUACCACGUUCAGGCACGAGGGAACGUGGUUCAAUUGACUUUAGAGCAUUCGAGAACGGAUGACAGCGGCCGAUAUGCCCUGGUAGCCAGAAACAUCGCUGGCGAAUCAUCGCGAAUGAUACGAUUCAACGUGGACGACGUAAACGGCGAAGACGGUGACCCGCCAAUCUUCGUAAGGAGACUUAGCGACCUCGCUGUAAAAGUAGGGACAAGAACAAGGUUCCUGGUGGAAAUCAGAAGCUCAACUAACUUAAAGGUCACUUGGCACAGGAACGAUGAACCGAUCCAGAAAGGAACCAGGUUUACCUUUGUUCAUGAGGGAAACUUUUACUGCGUCGAUGUCGCCCCCGUUACAGUCGAAGAUCAAGGACACUGGACAUGCAUGGCGGAGAAUCCAUCCGGCCGUUCGUCGUGCACGUCCCACCUCAACGUCGUUGUGCCAAAGGCUUACAAAAAACCAGAGUUCGUCGAAGAGCUUCGAGCCCUGCUCACGGAAAUGGGGACAGUUUCGUUGGAAUGCAAAGUCAUCGGGGUUCCGACGCCAGUGUUGAGGUGGUUUAAGGACAAUAAAGAGAUCAAGGCUGGUGACGUAUUCGCCUUGACCGCUAAUCCCGAUGACCCAACGUCACUUGGAACUUACACAUGCGAGGCCGUGAAUUGCAUGGGCACAACUUAUUCCUCUUCGAAAGUUCACGUGAUGGGCAAGGGUAGUCGAGAAGGUUCUCUGAAGCCAGCUGAUAGUUUGACACAGUCCGGACCUCUGCCUACUUUCAAAAAGAUCCUUCAGGAUGAGUCCAGCAGAAUUGGCGAAUCUUUGAUAUUGUCGUGUCAAGUUCAAGUUCCUCCAUGGCCUAAAACAAUCACCUGGUACAACAAGGAAGGCCGCAUAGAGGCUAGUGAGAAAUAUCAUAUAAUGGAAGACGGUCUUGGUGGAUAUUCGAUAGAAAUAAAACCACUGGAAGCUAUGGAUGAAGGUGAAUGGAAAUGUGUAGCUACAAGCAGUGAGAAUGUCAAGCAGUUCACUACGUGUCACGUAAUGAUGUCAAUUCCUAAGAACUACAGAAAGCCGCGAUUCAUGGAAAGCUUGAAAGCAGUGCUCACUGAAGAAGGACUCGUUUCCUUCGAAUGCAAGGUGGUCGGUUUUCCUACUCCAGUCUUGCGAUGGUUUAAAGACGGACAGGAACUCAAACCUGGCGACGUUUAUCAGUUAACGGGCACCAAUUCUUUAGGUUCCUACUGUUGCAUUGCCAGGAAUUGCAUGGGCGAGACCAGGAGCACCGCUGAGCUAACUGUUGAGGACAUUCAAAACCAGCUCAAUGAAGAGGAACGACUACAACUCUUCAGCAUGAAUCAACCACCAAAGUUUAUCAAGGGUCUAAAAAGCUGUGAGGCAAAGAUCAACGAAGAUUUUCGCUUCACGAUUGAAGUCAGCAUUGCCCCAGAGCCCAGCUUGUCGUGGUACAGAGACGAUGAACCAAUAAACGAGAAUGAGAAGUACCAAGUACUACGGGAGAUGCUGGGCACGUGUCACCUGAAUAUACGGAAGCUAGAGUUCGUCGAUCAAGCUGAAUGGAAGUGCGUCGCUACCAACGAUUUCGGUCACAGCAUCACGUCCUGUUUUUUGAAGCUCAUUAUUCCGAAGCACUUCAAAAUGCCAAGAUUCCUUGAAAGCUUGCGUGCCAUCCUGUCUGAAGAAGGUGCUGUAAAUCUCGAAUGCAAAGUCAUCGGUGUCCCUCAGCCAGUCCUGAAAUGGUAUAAGGAUGGAGUUGAACUGAAGCCUGGAGACAUACACAGGAUCAUUUCGGGUCAAGAUGGCACGUGUUGUCUCGGGACUUACACUUGCGAGGCGACGAACUGCAUGGGAACAGUAAGCAGCUCCGCCUCACUGCUUGGUUUCGAAGAUCGAGCCGCCACUAAAAAAGAGCCGAAAGAAAUACCACCGGGGCACGAACUCGCUCAUAAUCUAUCGCUAUCCACAAUCCACGAGGAGAGGACGUCUCAAAUGUACGACACACCACAGACUGACAUAUCGAUGACCCUGGAUGAACGGGGUGAAGUGUCGUUUAGUUUUGACGGGAAGGAAGUAUCCGUAAGCUUGUACGAGACCCCAGACCUUACUGAGGAAGAAGCGCUACAGAUUGUUGAGAUGUAUGCAGAUCAACUAUCGGAACACGUAACUGAACACAACGUGAUCGAACUACCUCCUUUGCGUUUCGUGAAGGAAACCUCGACUUCCGGAAAUCUCUUAAUGGAAGCUGUUGUGAUCGAUGUUUCACCGGACUAUUUCAUGGCGGCGGAAGAAGAUCUUCGUACCGAAGCUGAUGUGGAAGAUGUGUCCAUUAUGGAAGAUCAAACUCAACCACUGUCUUCUCCCGAGGUACAGGCAGACGAUGGGAACCAGUUUGAUCGAGCCAUGACAGCAACUCCGCUAAUUGGAGAAGAUGGAAGGCCGAUACGUCCGCCACGGAAAAAGUCCAACAGCGUAUCGUCGAAGAGUGAGAAGAGCGAGAGAAGUGCGAAGAGCCAAAAAUUGGAGUCUGAAAGUUACCACAGCGCUCGAGAACCCACAGGUCAAAUCUCGAUCAAGGAUGACAGUGACCCAUUCACUGACGCUUUGUCCCUUCAUUCUCAAGUUGCGUCGACGUCGGACCGAACGAGCCAAAAAGACGCGUUGAACCGGAACCAGACGAACAAGCAGAGCAGCGGUGAAAAGACGUCCAGUCUUGAAGGUGACUCGUCGUUUGACUCGGUGGCAGGUAUUCCGAAAAAGAAAAAAGCUAAAAAAAAGAAGGGGACAAACCUAUCUCAGAAAGGAAGCUCCGAAGAUUCGUCGAUGGGAAGCGAACACUUGAAGAAGGACAAAGUAGAUGCUGAUAAGCCUGAGGUUUCAUUUCAUCUUGAGCCUAUCGUCAAGGUCAGCGAACAGUACGUCGAGGAGGGUGAUGGUCUUGCAGUCGUGGACCAAGCCAAUAUUGUGAAACUGUCGAAUUCAGAUUCAGAGAAGUCGUUAUUCAAGAGCAACAAAGAACGAUUGAUCCAAAAUAUUUGCAAACUGACGCAACCCGUUAUGGUAAUCCGCAACGCUCUCGUAAACUUGAACACGCUCUUCGAGGCUGAAAGCGAGGCUCAACUAAACGCUAUUAUCAUGGAGCAGAUCGUUCUACCGAUUCAAGAUCUCUGCGCGGAAGUGUCACUCAUCGAGGAAAAGGCCCUAAAAAAUGCUGGCGAUAAAUCAUUGGCCCAAACAACAAGGAUUUCUUUAUUAGAGUCCGUUAGCGGCCCGAUGGAGGAACUUCUUCGAGGGAUCGAGUUAAUCAAACGUCACGAAGGGCUGCAAGCUGUUCGGUCAGACCUGAUUAUCUUAGAAUCACUGACUGACCCAAUCGAUGAAAUUUCCAGCGGACUGGCCAAAAUCGAAUACGAAUUGUCAGGUAAAGCAAACUGUAAAAAACCAAUUGCAUUUCAAAGGAUCAUUCAGACCACAUCCCGACUGAAGAGCAGCAUCGAAACGCUUGACAGUUUGAAGCAUGGUUAUCCCGGGUUUUCUAGUCGAUUGAAACGUAUAUAUGAGAAUCUUGACCUCUUUAUAAAAAACAUUACUAUAAAUCCGGUCGAUGGUACGACCGAAAAUAUCGACACGAUAGUAGUCGAAACGCUGACACGACCGGUAGAAGAAUUGGAACGUGUUGUCAGACAUUCCUUAAACAAUUCGACUGGAGAAUUUGACUCAGAAUCCAUACAGCACGUGAUCACAUCUCUGAAGGAGUUGAAGAACAGAUUGACUACUCUCAUCACAGCUCUGGAAAGCUACGGAAAGGAGGCAUCAGAUUAUUACUCGAUUACCGUCAUGGCGCUAUCCGAGGCAGUCAGCGAGGCGUCUGAAGAACUUACAAAGCUGUCAGAAGACAAUAAUGACUUCGCAAAAAAUUUGGACCUGCAAGUUGCGGCCAAGUCAAUUCUGGACCUUCAGCGUACCAUUGAAGUUAUUUCGUCGCUCCCCAUCAAUCCACUUAAGAAUUCAAAACCGCUGCUUAUUGCUGUGCAGAAAGGGUUGGCUCAGAUACUCGAAAAUGUAGUAUUACAGUCUGGUAAAAGUAAACUAACAGAUGAUAACAAUUCCUUAAUCGUCAAAUCUUUGACUCAACCAGUCGACAGGCUAAACUUGCAGUUGCGAAAAUUAGAAACAACAGAUGAAUUACAGACAACUGAUUUGAAUAAUCUACUGGAGUCUCUUGAGUUCCUUGAUCAUAGCGUGACGACGUAUCAGAAAAAUUUACUGGGCAGUGGAGAUGCAAGAAACUCCAACAUUUCUGCACUUGAAGAAGUCAAGGAUCCCUUGGACAGGAUUAUUGAUCGCUUGCAGCAGGAUACGGUUGCAAAAAUUCAAGACAGCGGAGUGUCAUUAGCCGUUGAAAGAAUGAAAGCCACAAUUUCCGACGUACUCACUGCAGCUGACGAAUCAUUCUCCAGCCAAGAAAGAACUUUGGUUUUGCAAACGUUAAAGCCACCACUAACAGCGGUAAAUUUAAAUUUGGACAAAAUCAGGCAUAUUUGUAUUGGAAAAAUUGGUGACGUAUUUAUCGUAGAUUUGAUCCAUAAUUUCUAUCAGCCAGUCGUCGAGUUGUCGAAUCUUACAACAUGUCACGACAACGAAAUUCUCAGUAAUCUGGCAUCAAUAAAAACCAAAGUGCACGGCUCUAUCACGACCAUAAACACGAACGCGAAGGUGAAGGGACGUCAAAAUAGCGAUGAGAUCAAGGCGAUUCUACCACUCAUUCAGGAUCUCGAAAAAGCUAUAACGCAGGUUGAACUUCUUAUGGAAACUGUUUUGCACAUAAAUAAACUGACAGGUGAAGUGGAUUUGAUAAAAAACGUGUUUGAUCAAAUUACCCCAGAACUGACUCUGACAUCUGAAGCCACCGAACGAUUAACCACGUCUCUAAAUAAUGUUAUCAGUAUCGCUAAAAGCGUGAAAGCCGGGUCUGCAGUCCCUGCUCUCGAUACACCAAUGAAUGAAAUCAAAAAUUUUGUUGAAAAUGUCUUUUCAAAGGUUGAUUUAGUGAACGGCAUCCUGGACAAUGAGAAUUUCGCGAUUCUGUUGUCAAUUGAUAAACCUCUAAAGUCCGUUCACGCGGCUAUUGAUAGUAUCCAAACGGAAAUCGUCGGCGGAAAAGUGAAUGAAGUAGUAGGCCGAGUCUGCGUCACUGCCCUAAAUAAUAUGGCUCAGCCGUUGGAAGCGAUACAGGUUAAAUCCACUAUAAUACAGGAGAAGCUUGCGGUAAUAACACCAAUAUCCACAAAACUGAUGGAGCCUCUUCAGACUGUGAAAACCAACCUAUCGGUGGCUCUGAGUGAGUACGAGGUGAUCGCGGAAAAGCGGGGGCGUUCUUCUUCUCUCGUUAAUUACCUCGAAGAAUUAAACCAAACUUUGAAUAACAUCGUUGAGUCUAAGAGCGACAAGGAAACAAUUGCGAUUCUGGCCAACUUGAAGGGGCCACUUCACGCUCUGCAAUCAUCGCUGGAGCUGCAGGAUCACAGUUACGAAGAAUUAGUAAUCCUAAGAAGUCUUGAAACGCCGAUUGCGAGUCUGAAAACUGCUUUGUCCUCACUCUCAGAAAAGCCAGCAGCCAUUAGGAUAUUGCAACCUGUCUUGGCAGUGCUGAAUAAAAUCGAAAACAGAGUUCCAGUGGUCGUCAAAGAAAUCGCUGUAAGGGAAGAGCGAGAAAACUUGGAGCAAGCAACGGAGUCGAAAGAAAUACCAACGAAACUACAGCAACCGUUAACGAAUAUCCUGACGGUGAUGUCUGCCGUUAUUGACGAUUGUGAGAACUCUCCAGAUUCUAAAAUUACUGUGUCUCUAAAAGAAGUCAGACAGAAACUUGCGACAGUAAUCAAUAACGCCCAGUACUUGACCGACGAAGACAUGGCAUGCAUUCUAAUCGACCUGAAGCAGACGUUGCUCAAUUUCCAGCACGCAUUAAUAGCGGCAGAACUCAGUAGCGAUGAAUUAAGAAUCAUCGAGAACUUCGGCCAGCCAAUUUCAGAAUUAAGAGGUGCCGUCGUCGAAGUAUUGCAAGAGGGGCAAGCCGAUGAUGUCCAAUCGGUUGUAAGCCUCCUGGAAGAGUUACAAGAACAGAUACUCGAAGUCACGACAUCUGGUUCAGCAAAACUCGAAAAAGCUUCACUGAAAUCGUUGACAAUAGAAGAACCGCAGACACUCGCCGAUCAGAUUCUUGAUCCAUUAAUCGACAUCCAGUCAAAGAUCAGCGCAGUGUUACUGGAAACGGAAAAAAUUGACAGUCCCGUAUUACAAUCUUCAGAGCUAGCUUCAAGUCUAGUUGAACUAAGGCAGUACGUUUCUAGCGCGGCUCACGCCGCUACAAGGUUGAAUGAUGAGGAAAUAAUCAAUGCUUUGACAGACUUAUGUGAACCACUGGUAGACCUUCAGUCAGCAUUAUCCUUGGAUCACGCGCCAGAAGAAAUGUUAUUGAUCCAAAAUAUAUCCCCACAAAUCAGCCAGCUCAAGCAGAUUUUUACGACUGUUUUGGACAGCGUUCCUAGUGCCGAAAGCGAAUCCGUGAGACCAACCUUUCAAUUGCUCGAAGAUAUUCAGAACCAAGUUCCUGUUGCACUUGAGAAGUUUCAAGUUGAACAGCGAUCACAGGAAGGAGAAAAAGCUGUGGUCACCGAGGUCAAACCACGCGUCCUUGCGGCUUGUGGCAUUUCGACAACUUUGAGUAACAUUCACUUUGCACUUUCUUCUGCUUUAGAACAACAUGAAGCCACCAUGAAUAGGGAGAACCUGCCCCCUUCCGUUAUUGCUGUGCAUUUUGAGGACAUUAGACAGAACAUCGCUGCUCUGGCUGUAGCUGCUGGGUCCACAUUAGAGCCGAUGAAUGAUGAAGAUAUAAUCAUUGAACUGUCAGCAUUGAAAGAGCCUUUGCUUCAUCUGCAAAGAGUUUUAUUAACCGAAGAACACGGUGCAGAAGAAGCAGCUGUAUUGAAAUACAUCGUUCAUCCUGUGCAGGAACUAAGAGCGGUAAUUUCUAAUGUACUUCACACCACUCGAGCUGCAGAAGUACUUCCAGUUUUGGAAAUACUCGAAGAGAUCGAAAAAGACGUUCCAUUGGUAGCUAAAGAAGUCGCCAAGAGAUCAAAACUGUCGAAAGAGAAAUCAAAACGAGCCGAGACAGUCACUCUACAGAGUCCCAGAUGGCUGGCCGGUAAAAUAUCACAUCCAUUUACCACAAUCCAGGAUACGCUGACAGCAAUUUUGGAAGAGAAACGAAAAUCAAGUACUAAAAAAUCCGGGGUUACAGCAUCAAUAGAAGCCUUGAAACAUACAGUUACCGAUAUUGCCAUCACUACAUCUUACUCCGAGCCACCGCACGACGAACAAAUUAUUGAGAUACUGGCGGGAUUGAAGGAGCCGUUGUUAAAACUACAGGAGGCUGUCACAAAAUAUCACGAACCCGAAGAUCUCGGCAUUCUUGAAGAUAUCAAGCAGCCUAUAAAAGCUCUACAUUUGGUUACAUUGGAUGCUCUGGAAAACAGUAAAGAAGAUUCUCUUCAAAACGUUAUUGAGGUUUUGGAAGAAAUCGAGAAUCAAGUGCCGUUGGCAAUGAAGGAAGCAAUUUACAAAAAAGAACUGCAGCAAGUUGUCAAGUCAUUGGAACCCGAAUCUGCAGACAUUGAAUUCUGCACACUAGAGAGUGAAGUACGCGAGAAAACUGAAAAUCCAGUGACUGAGACUAAAGAGACCGAAGUCAAGGUUAUAGAUGUUGAGUCACAGGGACUGGAAACGGCCUCAAGUGAUACAGCUUCUACCAUAAAAUUAUCGCAUGUAUCAUCUGACGAUGGUGCAACAGUUUGUACUGCUGAAUCUAUGAAAUCUGGGUCACAGUCGUUGAACCAAGCAGAUCAAGAAAUUUUUGCCUCCGAUUUGUUAAAAUCUGGAAGUGUACAGAUAGCUGAAGAGAAAGAGGAAUUGGUAAAAGAAAAAGCAAUAGUUAGCGAAGAACUCUCUAAACCGAAGACUGCGGAAACGCCCGCGCAGGUUGAAGCCACCAAUGUGAAACAUGCACCAGUGAUCAGUUUGGCUACGAUAGUUUCCGAGCCACUUCUGCAGGUUCAGCUUAAGCUGGCCCACAUGCUGGACGACUUUGACCAAUUGGUGGAUUUAAACAGCCAUCCAUCGGAACUUAGUAACAGUGUUGAAGACAUAAGGCAGUCAGUGUCUACUUUACACAUGUUGACAGCUCCGUACGGCAAUGCACUGACUGAUGAGGAAAUCGUGAGUGCUUUACAAGAAUUUCUACAGCCAUUAGGAAACCUCCAAGACGUGUUGGGCUCCAAAAAACAUAACAACGAGGAACUGCUCAUCUUGAACCAUCUUGAUCAGCCGAUUAAAGAAAUAAAAGACAUUGUUCAACGCGUUGUCGAGACUAAAAAAAGUGAGAAUCAAGCAAGCUUCGAUGAAAUUUUGAAAGUUUUGGAGCAAAUCGAAAUGUGGAUUCCGCUGAUGACGAAGGAAAUUAACACGAGGCAACAGAUGCUUCAAAUUCUGCGUGACAUAUCGAGGCCUCUCGAGAUCAUGCACAAGUGUAUGGUUGACCUUGAGGCAACUGCCAAAGAUGCUGUGGAGACUGAUGUUGCAGCUUCUCUGGGCGAGCCAAUCAACGCUCUAAAGGAAACCAUAAUUGGUAUCACAAGAGACUUGGAUAUGUUGGAGCAGCAGCAAAGCACCAUUUGGGAACUCAAGGCUCUGGUUGAGCCUCUAAUUGAGUUCCAGAGUUCUCUGUCAGUAAUCAAAAGCAGUCAAUGUGUCGUUCCCGAGACGAUGCUGCUUGCAGAAAAGAAGAAUGUCAUCUUCCACGCUGUGGAGGGAUUAAAGACUUCGAUCAACGCCACGGUAGGAAAGAUUGGAAACCACAAACAUGCGAAUGCAAUAGUCAAAACGCUCAUAGCUCUGAAUCAUGCCAUGACGACAGUUCAACAGCAGGUGAACAAGACUGAUUAUACUCGAAGACCCAGUGUCACGCUCAGAGGCCACAUGAUCGGCCCUCUAGACCACCUCAGCAAGGCUAUAUCAGCUCUUGAAGACUACAUUGACCAGGAAACCUACGAAGUGAUUUCCCAGUCAUUGGAAACCCUGCAGAAGCAAAUUCUACUGGCGCAAGAUCAGUUCAAUCAAACAGACCAGCCAAUCGACGAAGAAGUGAUAAUUGAGGGAUUCUUAUACCCGACGAAUCAACUUCAGUCAGCGUUAACGAUGCUGCGAGACAACCUUGAGAAGAAAUCAAUACUACCCAUAACUUCUGCCUCGGUGGAAUUACUUCAGGAAUUCAGUGAAUCUGUCAUGGAGUUGAGAAGAUCUUUGACGCUGUUACAUAACGAAUUGAGACACGAGACCACAGGGGCAUCAAUAAUCGAAACUUUAUCGGCCAUUUUCAUGCCGCUGGAUAACAUUAAAGAAAUCAUAGCGAAAAUUGUCAGCGAUCCUCCGAGGACAGAGGAUAUCUUGACUGUAAAGGAUCUUCCUAAGCGAGAGCCAUCUCCUGUUAAUCAAGAAUUGAGAAAAGCCAUUCAAGUCGCUCUGCAAACGGAGGAAUCUAAACAACAGGAAACACUGAAAAUUGAACCACAGUCUGAGGUGAAAAAUGCGACGCAAGUCAUACAGCAGGCUGAAAUGUCAACUACUGAGAAUAUCACAGAUAUUUCAAACUUAAUCAGAGAACUAGCUAAUCCACUGCAAGCCCUGCAAAAGACUUUCAUAGACAUCCAAGAAGCCAGGACUGAAAUUUCGCCGAAAUCAGUAGAAAACUGGCAAGCUUUAAACCAGCAUCUGAAGGACUUACAAACCUCUAUCGCGGUAAUACAGGAAGCUGCAACAACUCCGAAAGGUGAAGAUAAUUCUAAGCCAUCAGUAGAAAAUCAACUUUUGCAAUCUCUGUUCGAAUUAAACAACGCCAUCUCUACGAUUCAGCUAGAGACGAUUGAAGCAGAGAAAAUUUCGGAGUUAAAAACUGAAAAGAAUGUAAAAGCUAUUGCUGUGUUGAUUCAACCGCUUGAAAAACUGCAUGAAUCGAUUAGUAUCAGUCAAGAAGAAGCUGUUCCACAUACAACAGAAGUUACUGAGACGAAAGUUACUGAUCUGAUGGUACUAGCGAAGCCAGUCGAAGAAUUGAAAAAAUCCUUGGUAAUUUUCCAAGAGCAAAGUACGUCUCUUCAAAAAAUUCAUUCACUUGAAAAAAGUGUAUUAGAACAGGCAGUGCAACUCGAUCUUCGUCCCGAUGAAGCUUUGUCUACUGAAAUACCGAGUACAUCAGAUGGGCCAGAAAGCGUACAACAAGAAUCAAAAAUGGAAACAGAGCAACAACUUGAAUCGGAUAAGAAAUUGGCAGAGCCUUGUAAAGGAAAUCAAACUUCAAACCCUUCGGAAUUACAAACAAUCGAGCUAGAAUCUUUGGAUAAGGGCAAACCAGACUGUUUAGUAAAUCUAAAGCUGCUUACACAAUUUAUUAUAGACCUACAGACGGAUAUUCCCGAUAUACUUACAGAAAAACUGUCUACCGCUGAUAAGCUCAUUUUGGCAGUUACACAAAAUCUCGAGAGAUUACAGCAAAUACAAAACAUAAUUCAAAGCAGCGAUCACACAAAUACUCUAUUACCCAUGGUAAAGCCUUUGGACGAGUUAAAUUCGGCAUCUGCAACGAUUAAGGCUCAAAGCAAAGAAGGCAUCACGGAUUCUAAACGACUGACUUUACUCAGAAAACUAAUACUGCCAAUUCAAGACAUUCUCAAUGCGGUUGAAGCUAUAAAAAAAGAAAAAACUGUUGUUGGACUUCAGUCUUUUGAAGAAAAAGAAACUCGCAAUCUCCUGUCAGAAUUAACUGACUCAGUGAAAAGAUUACUGAAACUGAUUGACAAUCUCACGGCCAAGAAAGUCAAGAUCGUAGAACCUGAAGAAAGUGAAUCGACAACAAAAGAUGACAUAAAUAAUAUUCACCAAACCACAGCCCAGCCACUCGAAGAAUUGAUUGAAGCCAUCGUUGUUUCCCAGGCGCAAGUCACUGACUCGGCUGCUGAUUUCCAAGAGACAUCGGUCAUAGCAGAGUUAGCUGAUCGCCUAGAAAAAUUAAACACAUCGAUAGUGCACAGCGGAGACGUCGAAAACAUUACUGAACCGCUGGAGGAACUGAAGCAAGCGAUCACUUCUAUUCAAGAACAAGUAAUAGUUACGGAAAAUGCGGAGUUAUCAGAUGGCCAGCAAAUUUUAUUAGGCAUUGCUCAACCGCUUGCUGAAAUUCAGACAUCCAUCGCUGCCAUUCAAAAUCAGACCAUUGGCGAAAGUGAAGACGCAUCACAACUGGAAUUGCUCACCAAACCUCUGGAAGAACUGAGAACGAAAAUAGCUACAAGUGAAGAAAGAGUUCUCCACGAAGAACAUACUGGCAUAAUGUCGGAACAACUAACACCCUUCGAAGCUGUAGCAAAACCUCUUCAAGAUCUUAUUGACACUAUCACUGUUACUCAGAAGACUUUAACGCUGGAAACUGCAACCGACAAACCAGCACAACCACACAAUCAAUUUGCGGAUAGAAGUGUUGAGAAUGAAAAGAAAACUAUCACAGAUAUUACCGGCGAAAUCGUAAAACCAGAGGAGCAAAGUACUUCCACAGCACAUAACGCAUUGCAAAAAUUGAUUUCCCCGUUUGAAGUGCUUCAAAAAAUUAUUUCAACCAGUCAAGAAGUCCAUGAAGAAAACGUAACACUGCCGACUGAACGUGUAACAGCCCAAGUAAUCGUGCAAGGUCUCCAAGCCGUCGAAAACGCAAUCGUUACUGUGCAGUCACAGACAGAUCGCGAUAUUCAAGGUACGGAAAUUAUCAACCACUUAUUGGCGCCGUUGGACCAGUUAAAGCAAUGUAUUACGGUGAUUCAACAACAAGCUAUCGAACCAGUUGAUCAUGCACCCAGCCUACAUUGCCUCAAAGAACUCGCACUUCCUCUUGAAGAACUACAAAAAUCUAUGGCUAUAGUUCAGGAACAAAUUGCACAUGAACGCGUUGAGAAGCUGGCCGAAUUUCGAACUCUUGAAGCUCUGGCUCAUGAAACCGAGCAAUUACAAAAAUUGAUCUCUUCAAUACCAGAACAAAAUGUAUCUGAAAAUAUUCUUGAAAAAGGAAUGAAAGAACUUGUGGAACCCGUUAAAGAGUUGCAGAAAGCUGUCGAAAGUGCCCAAAUAUUAUCGCAGAACAUGGAUCAACAAGUCAUCUCGGAAAUUAAAAAACCCGAGGAAUUGCGUGCAAUUACUCAACCACUACAAAAUUUGCAAAAAAUCAUAGUCGCCGUUACGGAAAGCAAAGAAUUUGCAAAUGUCGACGAAUUAGCCAAACCUCUAUCCGAACUUGAAACAUCACUCACUUUGGUACGUGAGCAAGCUAUAGCUAAAAAAGGUCUCGAAAUUAAAAUUCUCAAAGUGUUGGUAAGACCACUUGACCAGUUGCAAACAGCAAUUCUAUCUGUUGUAAAAGUAGGUAAGGAACAAAGUACAUCUGAAGAGGAGGAAACAAAAAACUUAGUAAUAACAGAAUUGGUUGAACCGAUCCAAGAAUUGAAACAAUCAAUCACUCUUAUUCAAGAUCAAUCACUCGAACCCAGGGAUAUUGUUUUGAAAACUGAGGAGAGAAUAUUCACACAAACAGAAGAACCAACGUCAACUGUCAGAGUUCAGGAACGGCAACAGGUUGCCGAAACAAUAAUGGAAAACGUCCCUGCUGAAACGACACAAGCUCCGAAAGCAAUGGAAACGGGUUUCACCGUUCUGGAAGGAAUUUCUGUUUCUCUCCAAGAGCUCCAAAAAUCUCUAGCAGUAAUCAGAGAACCAGAGGUCGACAAAGUUACGACAUCAGAUUUACCGAAAUCAGAAGACGUACACUUUUUGAAAGUGUUGUCGAAGCCGGUUGAUGAACUGGCAAAAUUCGUUGCUCUAAUUCAGGAACAAACUGUACUAGAAGUUAGCAGUGACGUUCUUUCUGACGAAAAAUCAGCAACAAUAUCACAAACACUAUCUAAACCACUGGAGCAGCUUCGAGAAUUCAUUGCCGUUGUAGAAAAACAAUCUUCGGAGAAGCAGAAAGCCGAAAGUUCUCUAGUGAAAGCGAUCGUUCAACCCCUCACAGAUUUGACCGCAUCUAUAGCAAGUAUUCAGGAUGAACUUGCAAACAAAUCUAGGGUCGAAGCUCUCCUGAAAAUUGAUAAUAUUCCAGCCUUGAAGGCGAUGGCUCAGCCUUUACAAGAACUCUACAACUGUCUAGUAAGUAUCACUCAGCAAGCUAUUCUGGAGCAUGGUGCAGAAAUAAUUUCGGAAGAGCUACCGCUUGAAAUGCAGGCUAAAGUCGGAGAAGAGCUUACAAAAGAUACAGCUCUUGUUGAAAAAAUUACGGUACUGGAACCCACUGCUGAAACAGUUUCACCGGAAGACACUUCGAUGCUCAACACUUUGGCUCAGCCUCUGGAAGAGCUGCAGAAAUCUCUAGCCGUCAUCGAGGAGUGUACGAUUAUGGAACGUGAGAUGAGUUUUUCGUCCACGGCAGAGGAACCAACUAUACUGAAGGUGUUGAUUGAACCUCUGGCAAAAUUACAAAACACCAUACUUGUUGUUCAGGAGAAAGCAGCCACUGAACAUACCGAGCAGAUACAUGAAGAUACCUUAAAAUUAUUGGCAUUAGCUGAACCUUUAACUGAAUUACAGAAGGUAAUCGCAGUUUGUCAAGAAGAAAUUACAGUUGAACUACAGUCAACAUCAGUGACGGCAAUGAAAGAUGUUUCUGCUCCAACAACCAUAGCUCAGCCUCUGGAAGAACUGCAAAAAUUCAUCACCAUUGUACAGCAGCAAGUAGCAAUCGCAUCAAGCAGUGAAUUGACUUCGGAAGCUGAAAGUUUGUCAACACCGCAGGUGUUGAUUGCGCCACUGGAAAAGAUUCAAAAAUCUAUAGCUGCCAUUCGAGAGCACAUAACGUUUGAACCAGAAACAACAUCCGUUUCACUUCAAGACAAUGCUGCUUUAUUCAAGGCUGUGGAAAAACCGUUGAAAGAAAUUCAAAAGAGCUUUGCUGCGAUCGAAGAGCAAGUGGAACUAAAUCCUGAGAAGAUUUCUACCUCGGACAAAGAACAUAUAAAUUUGUUGAAAUCUCUGGCCUCUCCACUUCACGAACUACAACAAUCGAUAGUCGUUAUCGAGGAGCAGGUAUUGGUAGGAUCUGGCGAUCAGUUGAUGUCAGAAAAAGAGGAUAUUUCGAUACUGAAAAGACUAGCAGCACCCGUGAUCGAGUUGCAAAAAUCCAUCGCAACCAUCCAAGAACAAAUUGUGGUUGACCCUGGAACCGUGUCAAUUUCAGACAAAGAAAAUAUAGAUUUUAUGAAAAUCUUAGCUCAACCUCUUGAAGAGCUGGAGAAAUGUGCCGCUAUCGUAGAACUUCAAGUGACUGUCGAGUCAGGCACUGAGGCGAUGCCAGAAGCUUCAAGUUCGUCAACUGUGCAGGCGUUAGCCAUGCCGCUUCGAGAGAUUCAAAAGUCUGUGGCUGUUAUUCGAGAGCACAUGGUAUUCGAAUCAAAAGUGGCAUCUACAAUAGACCAAGACAAUAUCGAGCUACUGGCAACGCUUGCACAGCCGCUGAAAGAGAUGCAGAAGAGCUUUGCUGACAUCGAGGAACAUGUGGUUCUGGAACCCGGUGUAGUCUCUAUCUCAGAUAAAGAGGACAUCGAUUUACUGAAAACAUUAGCUUCACCUAUUGAGGAACUGCAACGUUCGAUAGCUGUGAUCCAGGAGCAAACACUUGUGGAAUCUGGAAAUCAAUCGCUGUCAGACAAAGACGAUAUCUCGAUUUUGAAAACGUUGGCCAAGCCGAUAAUUGAACUGCAAAAAUCUGUUGCAACCAUUCAGGAACAGGUUUUAGUUGAGCCUGGCACAGUAUCAAUUUCGGAAAAGAAUGAUGUGUCACUAUUGAAAACCUUGGCUCAUCCUAUCGACGAACUGCAGAAUUCAAUCGCUGUUGUUUAUGAACAAAUUAUUGCCGAGCCAGGCACGGACAGCACCUCGAAAGCUGAAGGUAUGCCUUUGCUGAAGACACUGGUUCAUCCGCUCGAAGAAUUGCAAAAGUCAAUCGCGAUUAUCAAGGAACAGAAUGUCAUCGAGCCAAAUGAGAUUCUUAUUUCAAAAUCUGAUAUUGAAGCAAUGGAUAAGUUAGCUGAGCCGAUCGAAUAUAUUCAAAAUUCUAUACUAAAUUUCAAACAAGACACAGCAGGCAAUGACGACGGAAACCUGACGGAAUUUGUAGAGCUGCAAAGUUUACUUGAGCCGCUACAAGCGAUUCGUGACUGCGUCGCUACGAUCAAGCAGCAUUCUGAUGCAUGUGAAGUAAAUGAAGCCACGGCAGUGAUGACUACUAUGAUCAAGUCAAUCAAAGAGCUUGACAAUUCAAUCGAGAACCUUAUACCGGAAAGCAUCGGGGAGAAAAACGAGCUGUUACAAUUGUUAGUAGAACCCUUGGUCAAAAUGAAAAAAACUAUAGGAGUUAUUGAAGACAGUUUGCCAAAGUUUUCCACCAUCCGUGAAUUACAGACACCUUUGCGCGCUUUGGGAGAAUCGAUACAACUUAUUUAUGCAGAAAUUGAUCAGGAGAGUCAAAGAGUAAAAGAAGUUGAGAUGGAUGAUGAACCCCUAGUUGCCGAUUGGUCGAUAAUCAACAAGCUUAUCGACCCGGUGGAAGGAGUUAUGGAAUCUAUAUUAAGAAUUGAAGAACAAGUUGCAACAGAAAAUUGUCUCGAGCGAGCUAUAGAAUUUGAAGCUCUCAAGACGUUAAUCUCUCCUCUGGAAGGUAUACAGAAAAGUUUCGCAUCGAUUGAGGAACAGGCUAGUGAAUCAAAGAGCAUUGAUCAAGAAUUGGCUAUUGAAUCGAUCGUAGAUUCAUUGUACGAGCUUGAGAAGUCAAUUUCUAUACUUCAAGAACAGGCAGUUGAUAAGCCAGUAUCACAACCGGCAUACGGAUUGGCAGAAGCUCAAAUGCUCCACAGCUUGGUUCUGCCACUCGAAGAGUUGAAAAAAUCAAUCACAACUGUGCAAGAUUCCUCGACUACGUAUCUAGAGAAUUUGGAGCAACCUUUGAAAGAGUUACAGUCGGCGAUGAAAGUUGUAGAGUUAACCUUGCCUUUAGAAAUAAACAGAUUACAUCCGAAUCUCGUGCGGGCCGAGCAUGAUCCCCUCAAGAGUUUGAUCGAGCCUACCGAAGAUAUAGCCCGGACAAUUGAAUUGAUCCAAGAAAGUGCAACAGCGGAUAAAACCAUCGAAAGAACUGUCGAAUGGGAGGUGUUGAGAACACUAAUCAAGCCACUACGGAAUGUGAAGGAAGAAUUGAUAUCGAUUCAGGCGCAGAUAAUCAAAGAACCCGAUGAGUUGGAGACGCAUCCAGUCGCUGAUCGCAUUUUACAGCCAUUGAAAAACCUCCAUCAGUCAAUCUGCUCAAUUGAAGAACAAGCCUCUGAUAAACCGAUUGUUGAUCCUGUGUUAAUGAAUUCUGAAACUUUGAUUUUGAAACCCUUGGCAACGUCCUUGAAUCAGUUGAAGACGACGAUAGAGUCGUUAGAAUGUUCAACAGACCGUUCAUUGUCAUUAAAAACUCUGGAAGAUCCUCUUUGUCAAUUACGGGCAGCCGUAAAUGCUGUGCGAGAUCGAGCUCUGGGAGAAUCUAAUGAUACUAAAGUCCAAGUUGGUACCACGAAAUUGAUAGCCAUACCAAUAACAGAACUUCAAGCGUGCAUUGCUCAAAUUCAAGAACAGUACGCUGAAACAACGGAAGAUACGUUGUCGGAAAUUUCAGCUUUGGAAACAAUUGCACGGCCUAUAGAAGAAUUGCAACGUGAAUAUGCUCAAAUUGAACAAAAUAUUAUAUUGGAAUCCGAUUCAAGUUUGACCUUAAAACGUGAAAUUCCAAUCACUGAGAUGGCUAAUCGAGUGAGAGAUCUACAACACGGUAUGAUGGUGAUGGAGCAGACUUUGUUAGAAAACGAACAAGAAGAUACUAAUGCAUGGGCUCUGCUGAAAGCAAUGCAGGUACCGGUCGAAGAACUAGAGAAAGGUAUACAGAUAAUUCAACAUGUAGUCCAAGAAGCACAUCCGACCGCAGAGUCUUUGGAGUUCAGCAAAAAUGUAGUAACUGACGACGAAAAGAAAGGAGAUGUUGAAAAAACUAGGACUGAUGACGAAAUACGAAUAAUAAGCGAAGAGGAAGCUGAAAUACUGAGGAAAGAGGAAAAAUUAACACUAGAUGAGAAAAAUAAAUUAGACAGAGCGGAGCUGUUGAAGAAGGAAGGGCUGGACAGGUUUAAGGAAGCAGAGAGAAAAGAACUUGAAAUGCUUGAGGCUGUAGAAAAAAGGCUUGAAGAAGAGGUGGACAAAAAAGAUCGUCAACUAUUGGAGGAGAUCGAUGAUAAGGAAACGAAAGAUGGGCAUACAUCCGAUACUAUCAAGGCUGUUGCAGAGGUACAUCUCAAAGCAAAAGAGACUGGCAAGGAGCAAAAAGACGAUGCAGAAAUGUCGAAAGCGGAAGAGAUACAAGUGAAAAAAGUUGAAGAAACAGAACAAUGUAAGAAAGAUGUAGAUGGUAAACAACAAGAGGAAGAACGAUUGAAAACUGAAGAUAGUGAGAAUAUAGUUGCUCAAGAUGACCGCCAGGAAACGGAAAGAGCAGUGGAGGAAAAGGCUGCUGAAGAAGAGAAACUCGUACCGGAAGACGAUGCCAAGAAGCUAAAGCAAGAAGAGGGAGGGUUAAAGGUUGAAGUUGUAGGGAAAAAUAAAGCCAUUGAAGAAGAACAACUGAAGGAGGAAAAAGCUGACAAAAAACAGGAAAAAAAAGGAAAGGAGAAGGAGAAGCAGAAAUCAAAAGCUGAAGAAGCAAACGCGAAGAAAAAAACUGACGAAAACGAAAAAACUGAAGGAAAACAAAAAGAAAAAGAAGAACGUUUGAGGGCUGAGGAAGCAGAGAAAAAGAGAAUGGAUAAAGAACAAAAAUUGAAAAAAGAAGAAGCUGAUAGAAAACAAAAAGAAGUGGAACGAUUAGAAGUUCAAGAAGCAGAAAAGAAAAGAAUUGCCGAAGAAGAAAGAUUUAAGGAAGAAGAAGAGGAACGAUUGAAAACAGAAGCAGCUGAUAAAAAACAGAAAGACGAAGAGGAACGAUUGAAAAAAGAAGCAGCUGACAAAAAACAGAAAGAAGAAGAGGAACGUUUGAAAAAAGAAGAAACUGAUAAAAAACAGAAAAAUGAAGAGGAACGUUUGAAAAAAGAAGAAGCUGACAAAAUACAGAAAGAAGAAGAGGAACGAUUGAAAACAGAAGCAGCUGAUAAAAAACAGAAAGAAGAAGAGAAACGAUUGAAAAAAGAAGAAGCUGACCAAAAACAGAAAGAAGAAGAGGAACGAUUGAAAAAAGAAGCGGCUGACAAAAAACAGAAAGAAGAAGAGAAGCGACUGAAAAAAGAAGAAGCUGACAAAAAACAGAAAGAAGAAGAGGAACGUUUGAAAAAAGAAGAAGCUGACAAAAAACAGAAAGAAGAAGAGGAACGAUUGAAAAAAGAAGCAGCUGACAAAAAACAGAAAGAAGAAGAGGAACGAUUGAAGAAAGAACAAGCUGACAAAAAACAGAAAGAAGAAGAGGAACGAUUGAAAAAAGAAGGAGCUGACAAAAAACAGAAAGAAGAAGAGAAGCGACUGAAAAAAGAAGAAGCUGAUAAAAAACAGAAAGAAGAAGAGGAACGUUUGAAAAAAGAAGAAGCUGACAAAAUACAGAAAGAAGAAGAGGAACGAUUGAAGAAAGAAGAAGCUGACAAAAAACAGAAAGAAGAAGAGGAACGAUUGAGAACAGAAGAAGCUGACAAAAAACAGAAAGCAGAAGAGGAACGUUUGAAAAAAGAAGAAGCUGACAAAAAACAGAAAGCAGAAGAGGAACGUUUGAAAAAAGAAGAAGCUGACAAAAAACAGAAAGAAGAAGAGGAACGAUUGAAGAAAGAACAAGCUGACAAAAAACAGAAAGAAGAAGAGGAACGAUUGAAAAAAGAAGCGGCUGACAAAAAACAGAAAGAAGAAGAGAAGCGACUGAAAAAAGAAGAAGCUGACAAAAAACAGAAAGAAGAAGAGGAACGUUUGAAAAAAGAAGAAGCUGACAAAAAACAGAAAGAAGAAGAGGAACGAUUGAAAAAAGAAGCAGCUGACAAAAAACAGAAAGAAGAAGAGGAACGAUUGAAGAAAGAACAAGCUGACAAAAAACAGAAAGAAGAAGAGGAACGAUUGAAAAAAGAAGGAGCUGACAAAAAACAGAAAGAAGAAGAGAAGCGACUGAAAAAAGAAGAAGCUGAUAAAAAACAGAAAGAAGAAGAGGAACGUUUGAAAAAAGAAGAAGCUGACAAAAUACAGAAAGAAGAAGAGGAACGAUUGAAGAAAGAAGAAGCUGACAAAAAACAGAAAGAAGAAGAGGAACGAUUGAGAACAAAAGAAGCUGACAAAAAACAGAAAGCAGAAGAGGAACGUUUGAAAAAAGAAGAAGCUGACAAAAAACAGAAAGCAGAAGAGGAACGUUUGAAAAAAGAAGAAGCUGACAAAAAACAGAAAAAAGAAGAGAAGCGACUGAAAAAAGAAGAAGCUGACAAAAAACAGAAAGAAGAAGAGGAACGAUUAAAGAAAGAAAAAGCUGACAAAAAACAGAAAGAAGAAGAGGAACGAUUGAAGAAAGAACAAGCUGACAAAAAACAGAAAGAAGAAGAGGAACGAUUGAAAAAAGAAGGAGCUGACAAAAAACAGAAAGAAGAAGAGAAGCGACUGAAAAAAGAGGAAGCUGACAAAAAACAGAAAGAAGAAGAGGAACGUUUGAAAAAAGAAGAAGCUGAUAAAAAACAGAAAGAAGAAGAGGAACGAUUGAAGAAAGAAGAAGCUGACAAAAAACAGAAAGAAGAAGAGGAACGAUUGAGAAAAGAAGAAGCUGACAAAAAACAGAAAGCAGAAGAGGAACGUUUGAAAAAAGAAGAAGCUGAAAAAAAACAGAAAGAAGAAGAGGAACGAUUGAAGAAAGAAGAAGCUGACAAAAAACAGAAAGAAGAAGAGGAACGAUUGAAGAAAGAACAAGCUGACAAAAAACAGAAAGAAGAAGAGGAACGAUUGAAAAAAGAAGGAGCUGACAAAAAACAGAAAGAAGAAGAGAAGCGACUGAAAAAAGAGGAAGCUGACAAAAAACAGAAAGAAGAAAAACAGAAAGAAGAAGAGGAACGAUUGAAGAAAGAAGAAGCUGACAGAAGACAAAAAGAAGAAGAGGAACGAUUGAAAAAAGAAGCAGCUGACAAGAAACAGAAAGAAGAAGAGAAACGAUUGAAAAAAGAAGCAGCAGAAAAGAAAAUAAUUGCCGAAGAAAAACAGAAAGAUAAAGACGACCAAUUAAAGGCUAAGGAAGCAGAAAAUAAGAGAACUACUGAAGAAGAACGAAUGAAAAAAGAUGAAGCCGACAGGAAACAAAAGGAAGAGGAACGAUUGAAAAAAGAAGAAGCUGACAGGAAACAAAAAGAACAAGAAGAACGAUUGAAAAAAGAAGCAGCUAACAAAAAACAGAAAAAAGAAGAGAAACGAUUGAAAAAAGAAGAAGCUGAUAAGAAACAGAAAGAAGAAGAAGAACGAUUUAAAAAAGAGGAAGCUGACAAAAAACAGAAAGAAGAAGAGGAACGAUUGAAAAAAGAAGAAGCGGACAAAAAACAGAAAGAAGAAGAGGAACGAUUGAAGAAAGAAGAAGCUGAAAAAAAACAGAAAGCAGAAGAGGAACGAUUGAAAAAAGAAGCGGCUGACAAAGAACAGAAAGAUGAAGAGGAACGUUUGAAAAAAGAAGAAGCUGACAAAAAACAGAAAGAAGAAGAGGAUCGAUUAAAGGCUGCAGAAGCAGAAAAGGAGAGAAAUGCUGAAGAAGAACGAUUGAAAAAGGAAGAAGCUGACAGAAAACGAAAAGACGAAGGUGAAAGAUUGAAAGCUGAGGAAGCAGAAAGUAACAAAAAGGCUAAAGAAGUACGAGUGAAAACAGAAGAAGCAGACAAUAAGCAGUCGGAAGAGGCGAAAAAAUUAGAGGAAGAAGGAGUGGCGAAGAAAAAAGUUGCAGAAGAAGAACGAGCCAAAAAGAAAAAAGUAACAAAAAAGAGAAAGGGAGAAGCAGAACGACUGAGUAAUGAAGCCAAGGAAGAGGAACAAUUAUCAAAAGAAGGCGCUGAGAAAAAACAAGUGGAAAAAGCGGAACAGGUAAAGAGAGCAUCUGAGGAAACAGAACGUACAAAGAAGGAAGAACUCGAAAGAAAACACAUAGAAGAAAAACAGCAUCUGGAUAAAGAGGAAGCUGGAAUUGAACGUACGGAAGAAUCUCAAAAGCUGCAAUGUGAACAAGAAAAGAAGUAUAGAGAAGAAUCUGAGUUGAUGAAGGAAGAAGAAGUCGAGAAAGAGAAAACAAUAGGAGACGUCGAAAAAUUGAAAAAAGAGGCAGAAAAGGUAGAGACCGAAGAGGCUGAACGAAUCGCAAAAGAGAAAGCUGAACAGCAAAGAGAUGUCGCAGAACAUCAGGAAAAAGAAAAACUUAAAGAAGCCGAACAAAUUACGAAAGAGCUAGAAGUCAAGGAGAAAAUUGAAGAAGCUGAUAAACUAUCAGCCAAAGCUGUUGAAAAACAAGAACAAGAAGCAAAACAAAAGAAGCUGGAGGAAGAAGAUCGACUAAAAAAAGAGAAAGUCACAAGAAAUCAAAAUGAAGAAGUAGAGCGAAAACAGAAAAAUGAGGCAUCCGAAAAAAAACGAGAAGAAGAAUCAGAGCAUCUACAGAACGAAGAGGUUAAAAUAAAAGAAAACAAUACCGAACAGCAACUGAAGAAAGACAAGGCUGAAGUAAAGGACAAAGAGAUGGAAGAAAAUCUAAAAAAAGCGGUUACAAAGAAAAAACAGGGUGAACGUCAGAAGAAACCAAAGAAGGACAAGAAAAAAUCCGAGGACGAAAAGUCAGAAGAAGUCGAUGAAACAAAACGAGGAAAACAGGAAGAUACACAUCUCAUCGAAAAUAAACUCCAAAAAGCUGAUAACGCAGAGCUCAAGGAAGAGGCAAAAUACGAAACAGACACUGAAAAUUCCUUGUCCAUGGUAUCCGAAGCCACUGACUCACUGCGCGAGGAAUUGGCUCCACGAAGUCACAGAAGAAGAAGCAAGGAACAGGCCGCGAUCGAAGUGGAAAGAUCUGAAAGGACCAGCGGGCGGUCGAGAAGUUAUGACACACAGACUCCAACGAUUCAUGAAGACUCUGAAAGCCAGAGCUUGCGGUCAUCGAACGGACGUACCAGAGCAAAGAGCUACUUGACAGACGACGGUGGUGAAUCUGCAGCAUAUUAUUCAGCCACGAGUAAAGCAAGCGCUGGAAACCAGGAAUGUGGACCACGAGACCUGAGAAAUAAACCAAUGUUCUGCACGAAACUGACCGAUCGCACUGCAGCAGAGGGUUCUCGAAUAAAGCUGACCUGUACUGUCCUUGGUUCACCGGAACCGCAGAUAUGGUGGUCAAAGGACGAUCAGAAAUUAGGUCCGAGUAACCGGUACAGAACGAGCUUCGAGAACGGGAUGGCUUCUCUUGAAUUCUAUGCAGCUCUGCCAGAGGAUUCCGGGGAAUAUUCUUGCACGGCCAGAAAUACGCAUGGACAGUCAACCACCGAGGCCAGGCUCAAGGUCUACGCUGGUUUCGAGCCCAGUCCGCUGCCGCCGACCUUCACGAGGUCCAUGAAAGACACCUACCGAUUCACUGACAACGAGCUGGUCCUCGAGUGCCGAGUUAGAGGACAACCGGCGCCUGUUAUCUCCUGGAUGAAGGAUGGGAAACCACUUUGCGGCGGCCGGUAUCAGCAGAGUGAUCUCAGCGAUGGCGUGUGUCGCUUGCAAAUAUCGAAUCCAGACUCUCUGGACAGCGGUCAGUACACGUGUAAAGCCGAAAACCAAGUCUGGUGCGACCAGAUAUCCCACAUGGUCCACUUCGAAGGUCGUGAGACGUACGCGGCAAGCAAACGAGACCGGGUAUCUCAAAGAAAGAUCAGUAGAGAUGUAAGGAGGCCUCAUUUCGCGAACAUUCUUACCGACCACAGCGUUCCUGCUGGAGGGACGAUAGCUCUUCAAGUUGAAGUCAAAGGCAUGCCAGCUCCGGAAGUGACCUGGCUCCACGGUGACACAAAGAGGCCGGUUCAGCACCCGAAAGCUCGUACCUUCGCAGAAUCUGGAGUGUACACCCUGAUGGUUCCAGAAGCGACGGACUCUGAGACCGGUACCUACAUUUGCAGGGCAAGCAAUGCUUACGGCUACGUGGAUACCAGCGCCAGCGUGCAAGUCGUCGCACCCAGCUCGAUAAAGGGUGGAAAACCUGCCAUGUUUGUCUCCCGACCGGACAACCUGAUGACAGUUGCGAUUGGCGAGGACGUCAGCAUUUCUUUCAGAGUAACCGGAACACCGAAACCAAAAGUUACCUGGAUGAAGGGGAUUCGAGACAUCACCAACAGUCCUCGCUCACACAAGGAGUCCAUCGACGAUUACGUCAGACUAACCCAGAAGAGAACCCUCGCCUCGGACGAAGGGACCUACUGCGUUUUGGCGAAAAACUGCUACGGCUGCGAUCGGACAUUCGUUACUGUCAGAGUCAAGCAGAGGGCCAGAUCGCUAACGCCGUCUCCGGAAUGGGGAAACGUUGAUACCAGCAAUUUGCUUGCUGACAUUCACGACGGGCAGCGGACCUACGUCAAACUUGCAUUAGUGAACGGUGAGCCGACCGAGAAAAACAGUACACACAACGAAGUGGAGCUUACAACGAUUCAAAAGCUUCGUAAUAAUUGGGCAAACAGACACUGGCUGAUUUUCGAAUUUUUGGAAUACUUAACCGGCUACCAAGAUGUUCCUGGUCCAAUCAGCAGCGAGCCAAUUGUGGUCGACAGUGGAAGGAACUGGUUGGCUUUAAGCUGGGGAAAGGCGGAGCAGCGGGGACCAGCCCCUGUGAUAGCCUACCGGGUCGAUGCCUGGCUCUUGGGGGGUGAUGGGGGUGCUCGAUGGGCGGAGCUUGGCGUCACUCCAAUCAACACAUUUGACGCAUUCAACCUACGCCCUGGUAGCGAGUACAAGUUUCGCGUAACACCUCGAAAUCGUUACGGAUGGGGUGAGUCGGUGAUAACUUCGACAUCGUGCGUAGUCGGGGAAGUCCUCGAGCUUCCAGAGUUCACCAGCAUACUACCGGGACAGCUUAAAGCCUUGGAAGAUUCAACGGUGUCGCUAGAAUGCGAGGUCCGGGCUGACUCGAGAGUCCAGGUGCGCUGGUAUCGGGACUCGACUGAGAUCGACUCCAGCGAAGAGCCAAGGUACAAGAUAUACUACAACGGCACAAAGUGCUGCCUCAAUAUCGCCAACAUCACGGCCGCAGACUCGGGCCGAUACGUUUGCGAGGCCACCAACAAGGUCGGCAGGGUCUCAACCUUCGCCAGGGUCCUCGUCGUUGCUGAUCCCAAGAUCUUGGAGGCUGACGCAAAGCUGAAGAGCCUCCUUGACGGUUCUCCGGACGAAAGACCACCCCAGUUCACCAUGAGACUGAGGGAUAGACGGGUGCAAAUGACUUACCCAGUCCGGCUGACCUGUCAGGUGAUUGGUCACCAGACACCGGAGGUUGUGUGGUACAAAAACGGGCGAGAAAUUCGUCAGGAUGCUUCGCACAUACUCUGGAACGACGAGUCCCACUUCCACACACUUGAGAUAACUCACUCCACGCUGGAGGACUCGGGCUGCUACAUGGCAACGGCGAGAAACUCGACAGGAUCGGUGUCCUGCCGCUGUAUCCUGGUCGUUGACAAGGGCAUCCGCGCCUACGUGGCGCCGGAGUUUUUGUACGGACUGGAUGCGACCUACACGACCCAAGUUGGAGGUGAGCUGAGGAUGUCGGCCCAGGUCGAAGCCUAUCCAUCGGUUGGCGUAGUUUGGCACAGAGAUGGAAUCCGGUUACGACCAAGCCGCAGGGCCGUCAUGACCCUGAACCACGAUGGCACCGUCGAAUUGUCCCUGGCAAACGCCACUCCCAGAGACGCCGGGGUCUACAGCUGCACUGCGACCAACGAAGUCGGAAGAACCGAGACCUCGGCGAAAGUCAUCGUCAUUGGAAACUUCGAAGAAGCGAAACCCCUCGAAAAUUUACCGGUCGUUGUUGCCCCCGAUAUUCCGUAUUCAAAGGAGCCGCUUUUCGUUACGAAGCCUUUGUCGACUGAAGCUGUUGAAGGAGACACGGUUAUAAUACUUUGCGAAGUCGUCGGCGAUCCUAAACCAGAUGUAAUGUGGCUUAGAGACUUCCUCAGGCCCGACUACUACAGAGACGCUCCGCACUUCAGACGCGUCGGCGAGGGACCGCAGUAUCGUCUGGAAAUUCCCUACGCUAAGAUCGACUUCACAGGAACAUAUACCGUAAUCGCCAAGAACUGUCAUGGAGAAGCGAAGGCGAUAAUAUCGCUCCAGAUCUACGCCAAAGGUCAGGGCAAAGAAGACAGGAUGGAUCAGACCUCCGUCAAACACGGGAAGGUCGUGACAUUGCCCCUGAUAACGAGAGAACUCCGAGAUCUGAGAUGCUGCGACGGUGACGCUGUCACUUUGGAGUGCAAAGUGCAUGCGACGCCAGUACCGGAUAUCCGCUGGGAGAAAGAUGGAAGGCUUUUGCCCCUCGGCGGCGACUUCACGACGGAAUUCGACGGGGAAACGGCUCAACUGAGCAUCCAGCACGUAUAUCCCGAAGACGAGGGCGAGUACACCUGCGUCGCGUAUAACGAUCUUGGAAAGGCGUUCACAUCCGCCUGCCUCGUCGUUGACGUUCCCGAAGAGAAGGAAAACGCCCUGAGUCAGCACCUGAGGCGGCCUGUAGGGCUGCUUUCGGCAGGAUCGACGCCAAGGUCAACCCCAAGGUCAACUCCGAUCCGCAGCUUGUCGCCGUCGGUUGCACGCGGCAGAGAGUUCCGGACGCCUUCGCAAGCCCCGCAAACGAAACGACUAAAGGUCACGGCGCCAAAGUUUUACGCAGUGCCGCACAACCGGGUCGCCGAAGAGGGCGAAACCGUGCGGUUCCAAUGCGCCGUUUCCGGGCAUCCGACACCCUGGGUUACCUGGGACAAGAACGGUGUCGUGGUUACCCCCAGCACGAGGAUAUCCGUGAAGGAACGGGACGACGUCAGGGUGCUUGAGAUAUCGGAAGUGACCGUCGAGGACGCCGGGCUCUAUCGCGUCACCCUGGAGAACGACGUCGGACGUGUCGAGGCGACUGCUAGGCUCGAGAUCAUAGGUCGCCAUGGAUCCGUCAGUCGAGGCAUCAGGGCCAGAAGCGCAUCACCCAGGACGUAUCCAACCUUCGGAAGAAGUCUACUCGGCUCAGUGGCCAGAAUUAACGGCCGUUUGCAGUUGCAGUGUGAUAUAAGAGGGUCACCGUCUCCGACGCCCUCCUGGUACAGAAAUGGGAAACCCCUCGAACGGUCCGACCGAAUCAAGAGAUUCUUCGACGGCCGCACAACCCGGGUCGAGAUUACGAAAGUCAAGGCCACAGAUGCUGGACAAUACACGUGCCAGGCAACAAAUGUCAUGGGAACGACGAGGAACAGCUGUCUGGUCACAGUCCUCGAUGCUGAUGACCCUUCAACGGCUGACAGAGACCCGCCAAAAUUCGUUGACGAACUUCCCGAGGAGUCGAUUGUAAUGGAGGGACAUUCCUACGAGCUGCAGGUUAGACUCUCCGGAACACCGCCGUUCGUCAUCUCCUGGUUAAAGGACGGCAGGGAGGUUCCGGACAGCGAUUAUUACAGGUACGUGGUGUACGGUGACGGUGGAGUCGCCCUUCGCCUCUCGGAUGUUUACCCUCAGGAUGCCGGGGAGUACACUUGCCUGGUGCGCAACGAUUUCGGAAAGGCAAAGACGAAUGGGCUUUUCGCAGUCCAAGACUACAAGGGUGUCCCGAAGAUGGCCCUUCACUUUACCAAGACACCAGUUUCCGUCCUGACCAGCAAGGGAGCCACAGUACAAUUCUGUGCCAGGGUUCAGUCAGGAAGACCAGCCGAGUUCAAAUGGACGGUGAACGGAAGGGACGCGAAGGUUCUGACCAAGUGCAAGAUGGAGAAAGACGGGUCAACGAGCAUCCUGCGAAUCACUGGGGUGUCAUUGCGGGAGGUUGGAGAGGUUCGAUGCACGGCUGGAGUAGCUGGAGGUCGAGGUCCGACGGUCAGUGCGACGGCAAGACUGGACUUUGACCUGAACUCUGUACCGAGGUUGGAAUCUCCGGCGAAUGAAGAAGCUGACUAUGCCGAUGGUGCUGCGGCGUUUAUUCGUAGGGACGUGAUAAGGCGCUCCACCAGAUCGAGUCCCGGCUCACCGUUGGUUAAGAAGAAACGAGAAGCUCCAAAGCCCCCGGGAACUGGUAAAGAAAACAAACCUGCCGCCCCAACGGUCACGUGGCCAACGCCCAGGACCCCCGUUUUUAAGCGUCGCGUAAUCCCAGAAGCCGCAGGUAGGAAAAAAGUACCAUACGGUGAGGAGGGUAAAGCUUGUUCGAGCUUAAGACGCACGCAAUCAUUGGAAAAAUCCUCGACGGUUGGUUCGAGGUUAACUAAAACGCGUUCGUCGCUGAGGGAGGUAAAGAAGCUGAAGGAGAAGGCACCGCUCUCGCCACUAACCUCGAACUCGGUAAAGAAGGUCGAGGUCGCCGAGAGAAUCUUAUCACCGGAGAGAAUGGUCGGCGUGCCGGUGAUCGACGUGCCCAGCAUGGCGGUGCCGGAAAUGAAGGAACAGGGAGAGGUGUUUACGUCCGCGAAACAGGAGGCGGAGGUCGUGGUCAAGGACGAUACAGAAUCGGUGACGAAGGACGAAGGUCAGGACGACGGUACGAUUGAAAAGAUACUCUCGUCGGCCAGUGACAACGUGCAGAUGGUGCUCAGGAAGUUCAAGAGUGAACUUGGAAGCAGGGAAAACUUGCGAAGGUCAAACUGCGACAAGACGCUCGUAGAGGAAACAUGCGGCAGUCUGAUCACCGCCAGAACAUCAUCGGUCGGUGACCAACUAGUCGUCGACGACUCGCCGGCCAUCAAGUGCCUCAGGAUUCUCGAGAGGUCUCAGUCCCCGCCUGAGGACAUCAAGAAGAGACUCGCCGAGGUCCGUCGACCCAGUCUCGAACGCUUCGAACCCGCCCUCAUCCUCAAGGCUCCGUCCGACAUCACGGCUCUUCGGGGCGCCCGCGUCGUCCUCAGAGCCACCUACAAAGGACACCCGGAACCCCGUGUCAAAUGGCUCAGAGCGGGACGGGAACUGAUCCCUGAUGAGAAGGUUGGAAUCACCAGCGGUGGCGGUGUUUCCUGCCUGACCUUGGACAGCAUCACGGCCGAUCACGCUGGGAAGUACAUCGUGUCGUUGGAGAACGCUCUCGGACGUGACUUCAAGCACGCCAGUGUCGCCGUCGAAGGUCCCCCUGAUCCCCCGGCUGGUUCCCCGGCAGUUUAUCCCGGCAUUGGUACCGCGACGGUAACCUGGAGGUCACCCCCCUACGACGGGGGUUGCAUGGUCACCGGAUACUGCGUGGAAAUGCGUCGUUCCCACGAGACGUCGUGGACGGUUGUCGCCGAGGCGUGUCACUCCCUGAGCCACACCGUCAGCGACCUGACACCCGAGGAUGUUUACCUCUUCAGGGUCAGGGCGGAAAACAUUCACGGAGCUAGCGAGCCAGGUCCCGAAUCGCGGCCAGUCACGAUCGACGAGGAUGAGGAGCAAUUCAAGCCCGCCUUCGAAGCCCGCGAAGUAUCAUUUGAGGAUGGACAGCUGUUCAAGGACCGCUACGAGGUCCUUGAGGAACUCGGAAAGGGUCGCUACGGCAUCGUUCGGAAGGUCCUGGAACGGGCGAGCGGACAAUAUCUUGCCGCGAAAUUCAUCAGAGCCAUCAAAGCGAAGGACAAAGAGCAGGUCCGAGAUGAAGUAAUGAUCAUGAAUCUCCUCAGGCAUCCGAAACUCCUUCAGCUUGCUGCGGCCUUCGAGAGCCCCCGAGAGGUCGUCAUGGUUACGGAAUACAUAACCGGUGGCGAACUUUUCGAAAGGGUUGUCGCUGACGAUUUUACCCUCACCGAGAGGGACAGCAUCCUGUUCAUGAGGCAGAUAUGCGAGGGCGUCGCGUACAUGCACGAUAACAAUGUCGUGCACUUGGAUCUGAAGCCCGAGAACAUCAUGUGCCACACUCGAACCUCUCAUCAAAUAAAGCUGAUAGACUUCGGGCUGGCGCAGAUGCUGAAGCCUGACACGCCCGUCAGGGUCCUCUUCGGGACGCCCGAAUUCAUCCCUCCAGAAAUAAUAAACUACGAACCAAUCGGCACGGAAACUGACAUGUGGAGUGUCGGCGUCAUUUGCUACGUUCUGUUGACCGGUCUCUCACCGUUCAUGGGAGAUAACGACGCGGAAACGUUCGCCAACAUCACGCGUGCCGAUUACGAUUUCGACGACGAAGCAUUCGAUGCCAUAUCACAGGAUGCCAAGGACUUCAUAAGCGCUCUGCUGGAAAAAAGAAAGGAAUUACGUAUGUCGGCCAAACAGUGCCUUGAGCAUCCUUGGAUGGCCCAACACAGCGAAAGUAUGAGCGUGGUUGCCUUGCCGACGGACAAACUCAAGAAGUUCAUCAUUCGAAGAAAGUGGCAGAAAACAGGAAAUGCCAUUCGCGCGUUGGGGAGGAUGGCAACUCUGUCGGCAAACAGUAGGCGGAACAAUUCAACGAACGAGUCUUCCUCGCCAACGCGGAGUUUAUCGCCAAUCGUCAGCCUCGAAGGAGGGAUUUCAGCGUCGUCGAAACAUGGAACCAUCCAGACUUCCGAUCCUGUCUACGCCCCAAAGGACGAUACUCAAGCCUUGAGCGUUGACGAGGUAGAAAAGGAUUCGGCGAUACCGGACGAGUCUCUUGUCGAAAAGCUCUUGGAAUCUACGAAAGUAGAGAACGAACCUGAAGAGGAGAAAAUCGGAGACGAAGAGCGAGAAACCUCGGAGUUGCCUCCGCGAAUAAUCAGCAACGACGAUUCUUGUCUAAUUGAUUCUAAAAAAUCUCGUGGUAAUAUCGCCGGAAGAAAUCUCCGGCUUGGAAAGUCCUCCGAAGGAUUAACCGAGGAGGGUGUAAACGGCGGUGGAAUGAUGGACGACUAUCUCGGAGUGAACAUCGAGUUCUGCAACCUGAGCAAGUCGGAACCUGACGAGAUUUACCUGUCGACUAACAACGUCGUCGAGCUUUCAAGCUCGAGCUCCGACGAACCCGACGAGACCUUUCCGUCCAGCGUCGUCGAGCCCGACGAGGACGACGUGAGUUCGUCGCGAAGGAGCACUGCCGAGAUCGUUAACGCGACAAUAAUCGAGGACGUUCAUCUGAACGGCUUCAAGGACGCGACCCUGAAGCGAACGCGAGCUUGCAGCGAGCGAAGCGACUCGGGGAUCAGCGACUGUUCAACCGCCGCGCCCUACUCUCAGGGUGGAGAGCUUUCGAGCUUGAUAAUAGCCGAGGAAGACGAAGAUCCUCACGGCGUGAAGCAGCGGACGACGACGAAGAAGACGUCGACGAUCAGCUUCGAAACGAGCAAAUCCCUAUCGACUCACGCCGUCGACGAGGGUCCGGACUCGGGGCUGAUCCGGGCUCCCCCACGUGUUCACACCGGAAGCGUCAGUCGGACGGCGAGAAUGUUCGAGAGGGAAGAACUAUCGCCGGCGAAGGAGAUCCCGACAUCUCUCCCCCGGGUGACGCCCACCGUUCCCGGGAAGCCCCACAACGACCGAAUCCAAAAGGCGUUUGCUUUUUGGAACAAGUAGCCGGACGCUGGAAGGAACGAACGAUCUGCCGUUUAACGAUAUAUCUCGAUACCCCGAUUCUUUAAUUUCUAUCCUUUGCCCCAUCUCUUAUAUUGUUUUAUUUUUUUUUUAACAAUCACAAGCUUGAUUAUUAUUUAUUCUGAUACAUUAUACAUAUUUUAUUCCUGUUAAUAGAAAAGUAUGUUAUAAUAAGCCUUUCAGCUAUCUUCGUAUUCAUAAUCAACCUGCAGCGGAUGAUCUCGUGCAUUUUAUCGGUACGUUUUAAAUCUGCAGCAAUUACUUUCAUCGCUAUAUCCAUAUUUUUAACUAUCGUGAUAAUCCAAUUGUUUAUCCUCGUAAUCAACCUGCUACCAUGUUACCAAAUUAAGUUUUAUUUUUCUCAACGCCAUUAUUAGUACUACGUUAGUAUCGUUAUUAUUUAUGUUAACAUUUUAGUAUUAUUAUUAUCUUACUUAGUCUUACUAUAUUACAUUAUUAAUAAUACUAUUAUUAUACGUCUGGCAUUUCACUCACUAUUUCCACCUAGCGCCUGCACCUGUAGUAUACCUGAAACUCCAGUGAUCUUGCUUAAAGCACGAAACGAUCCCGUGAGAUUGAAAUCCAAUAUCGAUAACCAGUGCGGAAAAUUGGCAGCAACAAAAUUCUACAACUAGUAUAAAACAAGAACGAGUAAUGCGGGGAAAAUGUUCUCCUAACAUUAUUUAAAUGUUACUUAUCGUCUGACAAGUUUAUUUGUUUUAUUUACAUUCAUUUUCUUCAACUAGAUGAGAAUGGAGAAAUUAUUAGGCCAAGGAUACGAUUAUCGUAUACGGAUAAUGCAUGGGAUCAUCCUGCAGUUAUUAUCAGAUUAUUUUAUGUAAAUUCUUAUAGGAAAUACGUAUUUAUAUUUAUUUAUCGUGGCGUAGUUAACGUAUUGAAUCAAACUCCCCGUACAAUAAUCGAUGCGAUGAUCGUAACUAAAGUUUCAGAAGACACUCUUAAUAUAUGUAUAAUCAAUUUUAUAUGCAAUACCUCUGUAGCUUCUUAAGAUUUUACUGUAUUUGCUAUAUAAUAUUUUAAUUCAUCGCAUCUACCGUACUGUGACAUACUGUACAAAAUACGAGGGAGAAAAUGUUUAGUAAUAAAAAAAAAAAAUUUAACAAAGACGUAACUAUUUUGUACAUAGAUAUAGAGGCCUAUAAUACAAAUAUACGCGUGAACACAUUGAUAA